GCAAAAGUGUUAUUUUACUCAUUUUCAAAUCAUUCUUAGGCUGAAGAAGAAGAACUGAGGAAAAUUCAGAAUCGAAACCAGUUUAAUCUCAUCAAUCGUACUCUGAUUCAAAAUCAAAAGCUUCCCCCUUUUGGUUUUUUUGGUCUCGAAACUCUAAGAACUCAAAGUCAAAGAGAAAGAUUGCUCUCAUGGGUAGGCCUCCCAGUAAUGGAGGUCCUGCUUUCCGUUUCACCCCUAUUGAGGUGGCUGAGAUGGAAGCUAUUCUACAAGAACACAGUAAUUCAAUGCCCGGACGUGAUGUUCUUGUAGGUCUUGCAGAUAAGUUCAGUGAUUCACCAGAUCGGAAAGGCAAGAUUACGGUUCAAAUGAAACAAGUUUGGAACUGGUUUCAAAAUAGGCGAUAUGCUAUAAGGGCGAAAUUAAGUAGGAACCCUGGAAAGUUAAGUGUCUCGUCUAUGCCUCGGGAGGAUCCAAUGCCAAUGAGAAAUAUGCCUCAAAGUUUAACUGCUCCUAUGCCUAAUCCUUCAGUUUCAGGCGCGGGAAGAGUUACUUCAGAAAAUUCUGUAAUGGAGUUUGAAGCUAAAUCCGGGAGGGAUGGUGCAUGGUACGACGUUGCUAACUUUUUCUCCCAUAGAUAUCUGGACAGUGGUGAUCCGGAAGUGUUGAUUCGAUUUGCUGGUUUUGGGCCUGAAGAGGAUGAGUGGGUCAAUGUGAAAAAGCACGUGAGGCAACGCUCUCUGCCAUGUGAAUCCUCGGAAUGUGUUGCAGUCCUUCCUGGAGAUCUCAUACUCUGUUUUCAGGAAGGUAAGGAGCAGGCUCUUUAUUUUGAUGCUCAUGUUCUUGAUGCUCAAAGACGAAGACAUGAUGUAAGGGGUUGUCGGUGUAGAUUUCUGGUGCGCUAUGAUCAUGAUCAGUCUGAGGAAAUUGUGCCUCUGCGAAAAGUUUGCCGUAGGCCAGAAACUGAUUUUCGGUUACAACAACUUCAUGCCGUGAACGAGGCAGCUUCAGCAGAGCAGCAGAAAAGUAAUAUGGAUUCUUUUACAGUCAAUGCUCUGAGAGCCAAUAUUCCUGCUCUCGAAACUGCACAAAAACAACAGCAUCAUCAUCAUCAUCAUACCACAGAUGCAACAUUGGUUACUCCAGUUGCGCUCUCUAAUAAUAAUGCCUCUUUCGCCCCUCAAGCUUCUUCAGUGCUUGAACCGAAAAAGGCUGAAACUAGCAAUGCUGUCGAUGCAGCGAACUCAAAUACCGUUCCUUCAGGUGGCAAUUCGGGUGCAAGCGUCAGUUUAAUCAGCAACAAUACUGUAAUCUCCGAAGAUAACCCGACCGAGGGUAAGUAAAAAAAGAGAAAAAGAAACACAGGUUGAUGACAGUUGCUAAGUUUAGAGGUUUUUUUUUUCCAUUUUGUGCAAAUUAUGAGUAGAAUAGUAGUGAGCUGGCUUAGGGGUCUCUCUACUGAAGCUGGUUUUGACAAACACAUUAAAUCAGCAUAUGAAUUGAGAGUUAGUAUUUUUUUUCUUCUGUAAACUAAGUUCAAAACAUUAAAAUAUAUUAAAAGGGAGAAUGAAAUAUUUCGACAAUCAGUUCAGAUACUA